GCGACUGCGGACCGCAGACACAAACGUUCACUUCCGGUCGGUGUUUUCAACAUGUGAGAGUGGAGAGAUGGCUUCUGGCGCUCAGGAGCAAACUCUGCUCGGUCUGUGUGACGGAGAGCUCGACCCUAACCGACACCGGUCCUCCUUUCUGACCAACAAAGUCGGCGGUCACCCGGACUGGUUGCCGGGCAUCUCCCGGCAGUGUCCCCGCUGUGGUCGCUGCGGAGCCCCGUUGGCCCACGUGGUGCAGGUGUACUGCCCCCUGGAGGCCUCCCCCUACCACAGACACCUCCACCUGUUCGCGUGCCCAGGUGCCGCGUGCAGCGGCCGGUCAGACUGCUGGACGGUGCUCCGCUCUCAGUGUCUGGAGGAGCGGACAGCCAGCCGGCCCGCCCCGGCUCAGGAGGCUCCUCCGGCGGCCACUGAGUGGUGUGACGCCGCUGAUGACUGGGGGGUGGAGGAGGAGGAGGAGGAUGGAUGGGGAGCAGGAGGAGGUGUGGAGGAGGACAGCCAGGGUCAAGAGGAGACAGCAGCCCCUGAAGAAGAGGCCAGCGGCGAGGAGGUCGAUGUCAGCAGCCGGCUUCAGGAUCUGGAUCUGGGCUCCUCCCGGCAGGACGUCCCGGUGCUCCGCCCGUUCUUCAUCAGCGUGGCGGAGGAGUCGGACCUGUGCGGCGAGCGGGACGACCUGCGGCACGCCCGGCAGCUGCUGAGGGAGUACGAGAGCAGGGAAGGCUUGGUGGCAGUCGGCGGCGAGCUGGACGCCGCCGGCGGCGGCGAGGAGAAGUACGAGAAGACGAGCGCCAGACACGGAGACGCCGUCUUCUCCCGGUUCCUGAAGAAGAUCUCGGCGUGUCCUCAGCAGAUCCUGCGCUACUGCCCGAAAAAACCUCGGGAAUCUCGGCGCCGCCGCCCGGACGACAGCGGCUCGGCUGGCGCCGCGGGCGGCGUUGGCGCUCGCCCGCGCUCGGCUCAGGAACGCUUUGAGCUGCAGCUGAUGCCGGCGCUGGUCGGUCUGCUGCGGAGGGAGAACGGCGGCGGCGGCGAUGGCGAGCUGGAGUUCGGGACGGUUCUGGUUUACACGUGCACGGACAGCUGCUGGACCGCCGGGUCGGGCGCCGCUGUGGAGGAGUUCUGCUUCGUUCAGACCGACCCGGACCAGCAGCUCUUCAAAUGACCCAACAGGUUACAGCAGGGGGUUCAAACAUAGGGGUCAGCAGCCCUAUGUUCCCACAGCUCUAUGUUCCCACAGCUCUAUGUUCCCACAGCCCUAUGGUCCCACAGCUCUAUGGUCCCACAGCUCUAUGUUCCCACAGCUCUAUG